AAAAUAUAAUAUUAUAAUGACCUUAGUAAUAGAUGAUUUAUAAAUAUUGGAUUACGAUUUAUUUGGCAAAUGUACUGACAUGAUAGUAAUUUUAAAUACAUAAUAAAAAGAGCUUUAUAUCAAAUAGAAGCCCAAUUCAAAUCACAUAACCUUAAAUAAAGGCGGUAGCAAAAUUAACAAAUUAACUCAUUUAAAUUCUAAAGAAUUAAGAAGCUUGGAAGUUUUUAAAUUAAUCAGAGAAUGAAGAGAUAAUUUUUAUCUUGAAAAAUAACUUUAAAAAAAUUUAAAAGGAGAAAUAGGAUUUAGAAGCAAAAAAUUAUGAGUUAAAUAAUUAAAGAGAUGAGUUUUUGAGAUAAAUAUAAGAAUUAACUAAAGAUAGAGAUAGCGAAAAAAAUUAAAAGUAUAAAUUAAGUUAAGAAGUAAAAUUUUAGUUUAUUUUAGAAUUAAGCUAAAUAUGACUUUAUCUAAUAAUUAGAGGAAACAAAAGAUGAAUUAUAAAAACAAUUUGAGAAUUAGAAUAACUAAUUAAUAGAACAUAAUGAAUAAUUACAAAAUGAAGUGAAUUAAUUAAAUGUUAUUCUGAAUUUCAGGAAUUAGAAAAUCCAAAAUUAAGAGGGAGAAAUUACAAACCUCUAAUAAAAUUUAAAUCAACUUUUAAAUGAUUAAAAUCAAGAUCAAAAUCAUGAUCUCUUUAAUAAAUUUGAAGGUAUUUUCGAAGAGAAUUAGAAUCUGAUGGAUUAACUUAGAUUUGCUAUUUAGAAUUCUAAAGAUUUCUUUCAUAGAUUUAAUAUUGAAGAUGAAGAACAAUAACCUCAAAAUGAGAAACUAGAAAAUCAAGAAUUCAUUUAGGAAUUAAAAAAAUGUUAAAAAAAUUUCCUUGAUAAUUUUCAUAGUUUUUCUGCUAUUAAUAAGUGGCUUUUUUAUGUUUUUGGAGCUUAUGUAAUAUUAAAAUUAACUUAAUGAUAUAUAUAAUUUAUUUAGAGAAAGUAAUUUUAUAUUAAUAAGAAUUUAUUUUAUGAAAUAAAGUAUUCUUUAGUUUGCUAAGAUUAUUUGUAUAGAUAAUAUUAGAAUAUUAAUAUAAAAAUAUAAAUUAUAAUUAAAGAUGGUAACUUAUGUGAUAUUUUGAAUUAGUAACCAUUGAAUGAUAUAAAUGUUGAUGAAGUAUUAAAAGGAUUAUCAGCUGUAGAAGGAGCAAAUGGUUAUGUAAUAUUUAAUUAAGACUGUAAAAAUUGAAUAAUUAUAUUUCUUAGGUAUUCCUUUAAAAAGAUCAGAAAAAAAUAUAACUUACGAAAAAGCUGUUCAUAUGUCUGCUUUAGUUGCCGAUUUAUGGAAUGUUACAAAGAAAUGUAUCUAAAGAGAAUUGAAAAGUCUCGAUGUAUUAAAUGAAUGUAAAUAUUUUAGAAUGAUCUUGAGAUAAUUAGAAUAAGAACAAAAGCUUAAUCUGAAUAUAUAAUUUCAUAAUGUAAUAUAGAUUAAUAAUCAUAUAAGAGGGUGAUUAUACAAUGAUAGGUAUACAAUUAUGUGGAAAAGCUAUAGAAGAGGCUAAAUUAGCUGCAGCUGCUGAGGCUUAGGCUGCUGCUGAAGCAGAAAAGGCAAAAAAGGGAGAUAAAGAAUAAAGUUGA